UAGAGCGCAAUAGCGUCGCAAGCGUGCUUACAACGUGUGAAAUGCAUAGUUGUGUUGCUGUCAAGUUUGGAAACCAAGCUCUUGUUUCUUGUCAUACUAAUUCAAUUCUUGACGCUGUCAUUAAUUGUUGACUGUACUCGAAACACUACGGAACACCAACUACAUCUUAAACGGUGCUGCAAGGUGUAUUAGAACAUUUCUCAAGUGGUACAUGGUUGGCAAUCAAAAUGGCUGAUGGUCAGGAAUCAGAGAAAACUGAAGAUCCUGUGAAACAAUAUAAAUUGGAAGGCCAAUCUUAUAUAUAUGAGGAUCCUGCAAGUAAUGUGUUAUACAGGUUUGAUCGAGAGAAAAAUGAGUGGGUAGUCAAAGAAACUGAAGAAAAGAAGGCAGAUGACCAGAAUACAGAAGAAUCAGGGAGAACUGAAGAUCCUAUGAAACAAUAUGAAUUUGAAGGUCAAUCAUAUAUAUACAAGGAUCCUGCAAUUAAUGUGAUAUACAGGUUUGAUCAAGAGAAAAAUGAGUGGGUAGUCAAAGAAACUGAAGAAAAGAAGGCGGAUGACCAGAAUACAGAAGAGGUUAAGGCACAAGAUUCCAGUACAAACGAGGUUAAGCCACAAGAAGGAACAUUUGGUUUUGAGAAUGAUACCCACACAUACACAGACCCCAAUGAUGGUAGCAUGUACUUUUGGGAUAAGGAGAAAAAUGCGUGGUUUCCAAAGAUUGAUGAUGAUUUUAUGGCAAGAUAUCAGAUGAGUUACGGAUUCACAGACCCAAAUUCAACAGAAGCAAAAUCUAUGGAGGAAACUCAAUCGACAGCAAAGCUUGACAAAGAGAAAAAGAAGUUGGAAGCUAAAAGGAAAGCACAAGAGCCACCGACUUGGUUUGAAGUGGACGAAGCGCAUAAUACUGCUAUUUAUGUAUCUGGUCUUCCAUUGGAUAUCACUCUGGAGGAGCUUACAGAGCUGUUCAAUAAAUGUGGUCUUAUAGCGCGUGACGAAAAAGGAAAGAACAGGAUCAAGCUGUACAGGGAUUCGAAUGGACAACCGAAGGGUGACGCGCUCUGCAUUUAUAUAAAGGUCGAGUCGGUGGAUUUGGCGCUGAAGAUCUUGGACAACUCGCAAGUCAGAGGGAAAACGUUGUCUGUCCAAAGGGCGAAAUUUCAAAUGAAGGGAGACGCGUACGACCCAGCCCUAAAACCGAAACGGAAAAAGAAAGACAAGGACCGGCAGAAAAAGAUCCACGAAAAACUAUUCGAUUGGAGACCAGAACGUCCACUGGGCGAGCCUCAGAAGCACGAAAGGGUGGUAAUUAUAAAAAAUCUUUUCUCGCCAGAGGACUUCGAUAAGGAGGUCGCGUUAUUACUGGAAUAUCAACAGGACAUCAGGUCCGAAUGCCUGAAGUGCGGUGACGUUAGGAAAGUUGUCAUUUACGACAGACAUCCUGAAGGUGUUGCACAGGUGACAUUCCGAGAACCUGCAGAAGCUCAGGCCUGUAUUCAGUUAUUGAACGGUCGUUGGUUCAGUCAGAGGAAAAUAUCGGCUGAAAUCUGGGACGGGAAGACUAAGUACAAGGUUUUAGAAACUGACGCAGAAAUUGAGGCUCGAAUCGCGAAGUGGGACAAGUAUCUCGACGACGCGGACGAAGAAAAAAGGGCAAAAUCUGGAAAAAGUGAUGAAAAAAGCAGUCGGAAAUCAAAGGACGAGGAGAAGCCCGAGCCGAAGGAAGUUCCAGAGGUACCUGAAACGACGGAGGAAACGGAACAGUCGUCGAAUUCCGAGGACUCGCAGGAAGCAGCUGGAAAUAACGAAUAAACUAGGAAUUAAGUCCGUACCGGAGAUUUUAAGAGCAAACGCUUUCAAGAUGAAGUAACCAAGAGUAACAUCGACGAUCACGAUUAGAAAUAUUUUUUCCAGAUUACAAGUUGAUUACUUGUGCUCUUCGUUGUUGAUGGUCUAUGAUAAACAUUAUGGCAUUAGUCGUAACACAUGUCGUUGCUCGAAUGAAAUAAAGGAGAAAAAAUACUCCCUGGAACCACUCGUUUUAUAAU